AUGCAUCCAACAGAGAAACUGUCUCUGGAUGCCAGUGCACAUAGCAGUGGUUUUCCUAUCGUCUCUAUUGUCAACGGCAUGACGGUGCAUAUCCGGUUUUCCCAGUUUGGAAGCAUUGGCUGGCAGCCGCAACAACGGCUAGCGGUGGAGCAAACACAGAUGCAGGAGGUUAUUUUGGCCCUGGCUGGGAUGAUAGAUGACUAUUCAGGUGUAAUUCCAUGUAAGAGGUGUGUGGGAUGA